AUGGGGCCGCUCUCGGACCACAUGACGGACGACGACAACAACAACCUCAAGCACAAGACGAGUGUGCACGAGAGCUGGCGCCAAUGGGAACCGGACCACGAGCCAUCGACGGCGGACGACCAGCCGGACGCGACGACGCGCCCGACGUCGGCGCUGCCGGCGCUGGACGGCCGCCUACCGCACUCGCCGGCGCCCGGCGUCCCCCCAGCGCUCGCGCCCCUGAACCACCACAACCAGCUCACGCGGUUCAUUGCCAAGCAAACACUUGGCUACAUCCCCAAACUCCUCGUGCGGAGCCCCGAGCGCACGGCGUCGCCGUCGUCGCCCGCCGUCUUCGGCGGCUUUGCGUUCGACAGUCCGCGCGGGGGGACCGGCACUGGUGACUCGCCGACGUUCCGCCUCCCGAGCCUUACGCCCCCUCUGUCUCCGCAAAAGUGGACGCCGACGAGUUCCGCUGCGUUCGGGCCGGCGGACGACGCCCCGACGCCGACGGACGGCGGACGCGCGAGUCUGCCGGCGCUCCGGCCGAGCGGAGGCGCCAGCAGCGGCACGUCGCUCGGCCCCCACCGGUCCGACAGCUUCUCCGAGACGUGCGUGUCGCCCAUCCCGCCGCUCAAGCGACAGCACACCCACGAGACGGCGGCGCCCCAUAGCGCCAUGUCGAUCGCCGACCUCUGUCAGCCCUUCCGGUACGUGCGCGCGUCGUCGUGUCCGUCCGACACGAACGCGCACAACGCGGCGGCGACGACGGCGGCCGCUGCCCCGAGCUCCAGCAGUUCCCUGACGCCGCCGACGCAGCGCCUGCCGUCCCCUCGGGUCGGUGUCGAGCACAGCUGGCGACUAGCGAUCGAAGCCCAAGCGGCGGCCGUCGCCAAUGGGACCGACGCGCGGCGUGGACAGCGCCCGUCGUCGCCCGAUGACGACGGGUUCCACCGCCUCCGCCUCGAGCGCAGCAGCUCCAUGGACGCGCCCACGCUGGUGCGCCACUUGAAGCGCACGGCGGCCGAGUCCAUUGACUUGACGCAGUGGCUCGACCGGCCGCGCGUGGGCUCGCUGAGUUCACUGGCCGACUCGGCCGACUCGAUGCACCAACUCGAACAAGCCGGUCGCUCGAUGCGCAUCUCGGACUCCCCGCGGUCGGACGCCGUGGCGCCGUACGAAGCGAAGCGCGAGAAGAAGCUCUGCGCCUUCCCGCAGUGUGCGAGCAACGCCGUGACCCGCGGUCUGUGCAUCAGCCACGGCGGAGGCCGACGGUGUCAGCGCAAAGACUGCACGCGGGGGGCCCAGAGCAAAGGGCUCUGCGUCGCCCACGGCGGCGGCCGCAUCUGUCGCGCUGCGGGGUGCUCGAACAUCCAGCGCAGCAUGGGCCUGUGCAUCCGACACGGCGGCGGUCGGCGCUGCAGCGUCAAGGGCUGUCAGAAGGGCGUCGUGCGGCAGGAUCUGUGCACGGCCCACGGCGGCAAACGCAAGUGCCGCGUGGCCGACUGCACGAAACACGUCAAGAAGAAGGGCCUCUGUCGAUCGCACGCCAACUCGCUCUACGCGACGUCAGGCUCGAGUUAG